AUGGAGGAAGACGAUGAUGAUCUUUACGACCCUGCUGACUCCUUUCCGCCUCAGCAGGAGCACAGUAACUAUAACCAGACCUCUGAAGACACAAAACCUGCGGACUCUUACGAUUUUGAAGAAGAGGAAGAGGACGACGAUGAUGAUUUCAAUAUUAUCACAGAAGCUCCUGCAGAUGCAGGCCAAAGCCUUGCACAUCCCCGACAUGCAGCAUUAGCCGGUGAGGGUCAACGAUCAGUAUCGGUCGAUAUGAAACCGUCAACACCGACACUUGCGAUCAAAGCCGAGAGCGCUACGCCCGCACCUAUACAAGGCAGACCGGUAGCAACCUUGAAACCCGGUACAGACUAUCCAGCCAUACACACAUCGACAAUCGACGUGAACGGAAACCCAAUACAUCCCGUCACAGGCAAACCCAUUACUUCAACAGAUCUAGAUACCGACUUCCCAUCGGAAGAUGAGAAGCCAUGGAGACGUCCCGGAACAGAUAUUACGGAUUUCUUCAACUACGGAUUCGACGAGUUUACGUGGGCGAGCUACUGCCUCAAGCAACAACAACUGCGCAACGAGGUAUCAGAUCAGAAAAAACAAUUGGAUGAGAUGCAGGCGUUCAUGUCGAUGGGAGCAAUGCCCGGAAUGCCAGGCGCGCCCACCCCAACACCAGCACCGCCCACUCAAGCCGCUCCUGCUGCUGCAGGUAUGGCGGGUAUGCCUGCAAUGCCYGGGAUGCCGGAUAUGUCGCCAGAUAUGAUGCAGGGAAUGCUUGCGAAUAUGAUGUCUCAGGGUCUCGAUCCCUCGGCAAUGGAUCCGAUAAAUUUUAUGCAGCAUAUGCAGGCCAUGAUGGGUGGUGGACAGCCGGGCGGCGGGCAACAGAACCAGGGAUAUCCCGCGCAGGGCAAUCAGCAGCAGAUGGGUUAUGGAGGUUAUAAUCAGCAGGGAGGCUAUGGUGGAGGACGCGGACGGGGAGGAGGUCGAAGGUGGUGA